AUGGAACGAGCAGAAGCAGAGUUAAGCAAAGGGACAUCGCCUUUCCACAAACUCGGCUUAUCAACGGCUGUCUUCCUACGAGCUACUUUGGGAUUCGAGAAGGAGGUGAUGGAACAGGCUGGAGCACGAAUCGCUGAAGCAGAAGAGGCAGCAACUGAACAUCAGCGGCGAGCGAUCAAGGACCGUAGCACAGCACACCAGAGCGCCAUCUACCCAGCUGGAGCAGAAUAUGCCCUAUGUCAUGCUGAAAGCCAGCUUAUGGCUGCCGUUAUCGGUGUGUUGAACGAGAGCUUGACGGAGAGUCUGCGAGGAUUCUAUAAACUGCGGAAGGCAUUUGCCACGUUGUACGAGCUCAGUGAGGCCGAGCAGAAGUACUUGAGGAGUAUUGGAAGGAGCAACGCUACUUCACAGACAUCGAUUGUGUCUUCCACAGAUAAGUUGUCGUCGACGGGCUUGCAGACACCAACAGAAGGGUCGGGCGUCCUGACACCAGCGAACCUCUCCGAUAGUGACGACGAGGGUGCUUUUGUGGAUGCAGAGGACGGCACGACGACCCACAGGCACAAUGGCGAGCUGACUGAGACGGACCUCGAAAAGCUUACGCUGGACGACAUGUCGAGCAAGCCAAACGGUGGUAUAGGAUCAUCAGCGCCCACAACUGGGGCCGGCGCCACUACAGCCACUGCCUUUGCGCAAGCAGAUGCCGACGUUGACUUCCGAUCGAUCACAACGGAUCCAAUCGAUCUCUUCAUCCAUUCUGGCGUUGCGCUUUGUUUUGGCCUCCUUCAACUACUGCUUUCAAUGGUACCACCGGCUUUUGCAAAGCUGUUAUCAAUCUUCUCGUUCCGCGGCGACCGAGAAGCAGGACUACGCAUGCUGUGGUCUGCGACAAAAUUCAAGCAGAAUAUCAACGGCGCCAUGGCUGGCCUCAUAACAUUAGGCUUCUACAAUGGCGCGAUAGCAUUUUGUGAUAUCCUCAUGGACGAUGCAGUACCCGAGGCUCGUCUAAAGAAUCUUCUCCAGGAAAUGCGACAGCUCUACCCUAGGUCGAAGUUGUGGCUAUUGGAGGAGGCACGCAUGCUUGGUGCCGAGAAGAAUCUCGAGCAAGCUAUUGCGAUCACCAACGACGCCACGCCUGGUGGCCUGAAGCAGAUUGAGGCGCUGAGAAGAUUCGAGAGAAGUCUGAACUGCAUGUACUUGCAUCGGUAUGAGGAAUGUGCGACGGGCUUUAUCGAGUGUGUGGGCUUGAACAGCUGGUCUCAUGCUCUCUACUACUAUAUUGCGGGGGUAUGCUACGUCGAGCUGUAUCGUGCGCACAAGGUCAACGAUCCGAAAGCGGCGGCGGCCUAUGCCGAGCAGGCCGAGGAGAACUUACACAAGGUGUACUCGAAUGUCGGCAAGAAAGGAUUCAUGGGCAGACAGCUCCCCUUUGACGUCUUCGUGAUCAGAAAGCUCAAGAAAUGGGAUCAUCGGACGAAGACGCAAGGCUGUAAAUUCGUUGAUGCUGUCGGCGUGAGCCCAGUGGCGGAGAUGGCCUACUUCUGGUCUGGGUUCAAGCGCAUGAACGAGAAGCAGUUGCUCAAGCAUUUGCAGAAUUUGGAGUGGUCGGAAGACCUCAGUCUCAAUCCUCGAUGGGCGCAGGAACUUGCCGAUGAGAAAGCACUCCAGGCCUUGCUGAAAGCAACUUGUCUUCGAUUCCUGCAUCGUGUGCCGGAGGCUAAAGCAAUGCUGUCUGAGGGUGUGCUAUCCCACGAUUUGCUGCAACUCAAGGCUUGCGACAAUGCCGAUGUCUGGUCAAUUCCUGUCGGCCACUACGAGAUGGCUGUGUGCUAUUGGGAUGAAGCGAGGGGCCAGCAUGGCGAUAAAGUCAUCCUGCAGAAAUGUAGUGAUGAGAUCGCAAAGGUGGAGAAGUCGGAGAGCUAUGAGCUUGAGGCGCGAGUCGGCCUGAAGGUCACAACAGCUAGGGAGACUUUGAGGAAGUGCGGUGUCAGUAGUGUAUAG